AUGGCAAAAAAAUCGAAAAGCAAAUCCGACAAGUCCGAGGAUACAGAAGCACAUGGCACUGUAGUUGUUGCGACAACAGCAAAGACCAAUGUUCCUAUCGACCCAUUGCUGGCUUCUCUUUUUGAGAAAAGUGCUGGACCAGUAAAGGCACCAACGAUAGAAUAUAAAGAAUUCCAACCCAAACCACAGUCUGCGAAAUCUCAACCUAAAACCACUGGUCUAGAAGAUGGUGCGGAGCAUAUCCAGGACGAAGAAGCUGGUGAUUCCGCUGCCAGCGACAUAGAAAUGGAGGAUGCGGAGGGAAGUGAUGACGAUCAAUCUCAAUCUGAAACCGAACAACCUGCACAAGUACAACCAAAUAGGAAGCGGAAAAGAGGGGUUGCGGACAACCUGGAAGAUAUCUAUAUGCAGAAGCUUGCCCGCGAAGAAGAGAGAGAGAAAGCCAGGCGCAAAACAGAGAAAUCCAAAGGAGACGAUGAAGGAGACGCCGAGAGCAAGGCGUCUGCAGAAAGCGACGAAGAAAACUCCGUCGAUAGCGAACAAGAUGAUGAUGCGCCGCCACCCGCACAUGAAACCGUUUCUGGCGCUGCAGAGGCUCAGGAAUUGGACAAAUCCAACCGCACAGUGUUUUUGGGGAACGUUUCGAAUUCCGCAAUCACGUCGAAAUCCGAUAAAAAGGCUCUUUUGGCCCAUCUUUCAUCCUUCUUAUCAAAACUACCGAAAUCCGACACCGCUCACAAGAUCGAGUCAAUUCGCUUCCGAUCAACCGCCUACGGUACAGAAAAGGGAGUCCCUCGACGAGCCGCCUUUGCGCACAAAGAGACCAUGGAUUCUACAACACUCAGCACAAACGCUUACGUUGUCUAUUCUACGCCUAUUGCUGCUCAAAAGGCCCCGGGAGCCUUGAACGGAACUGUUGUGCUCGGACGUCAUUUGCGAGUUGACAAUGUCGCGCACCCGGCUGCUAUCGAUAACAAACGAUGUGUGUUUGUUGGUAAUCUCGAUUUCGUCGGACAAGAAAAAGAUGAGAAUGAUGAUGAGGAAACCCCAAAAAAGAAAAAGAACAGCCCUCCUGCUGAUGUUGAGGAAGGAUUGUGGCGAACAUUCAAUGCUAAUACCGGGGUUGCGGGCAAGAAGAAUGCCGGUGGUGGCAAUGUCGAGUCAGUACGGGUUGUUCGUGACCAGGCGACUCGAGUUGGCAAGGGUUUCGCCUAUGUGCAAUUCCAUGACGAGAACUGUGUGGAGGCCGCAUUGCUUCUGGACGGCAAGAAGUUCCCUCCUUUACUUCCUCGCAAACUCCGCGUUACUCGCGCACGGAAAAUGAGCAAAAAGCGCGACUCCAACCCGAGAAGAGUUCCUGCGACGGAUAGUGCUCACAGCACUCUCCGCGGCCGUGUCAAGAAACUGCUCGGACGAGCUGGAGCUGCCAAAAUUCAAAAUGGCGACGACGGCAAACCAUUUAUUUUCGAGGGUCAGCGUGCAGUUGAGAAAACUGAUCAAUUCAAAUUCAAGCGCAGGGGAAGCAAAGGCAGCAAGGGCAAGCCAAAGAACAGGAGCUCUAAGCGCGCAGAAGCAUAUCGUGCUUCUGGUGGAAGAUCUGCCAGAAAAGCUGCAUCAGAAUAA